GCGGGGAGGACGACGGGGGUCAUUGUUGUUGUUGUUUGUGGCGGCGGCGGCGGCGGUGGUCACCCGCAGGACCCGGGUUUGGGUCUCUCCUUGCUCCGCGCUGCUCGGACUCGCGCAAGCGCCACGACGGGGACGGGUGGUGGGGGGGGGCGACCGACCAAUCCUCGCGCUGCCACGUCUGUUGACCGAGUGGCGCAUGAAGGGACCUUUUUAACGGACAGCGCACGCGAGGAGUGGAUAAGAUCACGUCACAGUUGCACCUUGCUCCUCACGCAUCGCGGGCAGCUCGACAGGUGCUACGGCGGCGCAGCUCGGGGGCACAGCAGCAGCAGCAGUGGUGGCACAACUCUGAAGCAGGACCGCCGCAGCAAUGUUACAGGCCUGCUGGUGCACGGGCGUCAACAUGAGCUGCGAGCAUGGGCGCAGCCUGGUGGACAUCAUACGGGAGAAGUACAACCCCGACAACUACCCAGUGCGGCGCAUCAUCCUCAACACCCCGCCGCAAAUAACGCCACGUGAUUAUCUCAACGUGCCUCCAAUCCUGGUGCUCAACAUGUGCGACAUCGCAGCUGCCGGCGACGAGUCACAAAUCUUGGAGCUGUGCAGUCACGUGACCGAGCUCGACCUAUCGCACAACAGCUUCAAGGACUGGGAAGAGAUCGGCAAAAUUGUUGGGCAGAUGCCGAGGAUGCAGUUUCUCAACCUGAGCGCCAACCCUUUGGGGGCGUGCCCCUCGCCACCCAGCCUGCGCCUGCCGUCCCUGCGCAAGCUGGUACUCAACAACACCAAGACGUCCUGGGAAACGGUUCACACCCUCUUGAGAAAUAUGCCACAGCUGGAGGAGUUGUUCCUGUGCCUCAACGACUAUACAACGGUGGUGGUGUCGCCCGACGUCUACCACAACAUGAAGCUGCUGCACAUCACCGACAACCAGCUCCGCGAGUGGCAGGAUGUGCUCAUGCUGGGCCUCAUCUUCCCAUCUCUGGAGACAAUGGUUCUGUCCAACAACCGUGUGGGCAGCCUGAGCUCUGAGCCGGCAGAGCUCACUCAAGCCUUCACCAACCUGAAACACCUCAACCUGCACAACUGGGGCCUGUCAGACUGGUCCGACGUGGAGAAGUUGAAUCACUUUCCAUCACUGGAAGAGCUGCGUCUCCUGGGCAUCCCCCUGCUGGCCGAGUACAACGAUGAGCAGAGGCGCAAACUUACCGUCGCCAGGCUCCCCUCGGUGCAGGUGCUCAACGGAAGCUGGGUGAGCGAUAGCGAGCGGGAAGACGCCGAGAGGUUCUUCAUCCGGUACUACAUGGACUUCCCCACCAAUCAGCAGCCUUCCCGGCUGGCAGAGCUCCAGGAGCGGCACGGGCAGCUGGAGCCGCUGGCCGAAGUGGAUCUGACGCCGCAGGAUGUCGCGCAAGUGCAGGUACAUUUCGACGGCUGCUGCAGGGCGCUGGCGAUCCGUCUGGACCAGACGGUGGCGCAGCUGAAGCGGGAGCUGCGCGAGGCGCUGGAGUCACGGGAGGGCACGUGCCGCAUCCGCAUCUUCCACGUGGCCGAGAACAUGGGCGCCCAUAUUGUCGAGGAGAUGCGCUUUCCGCGACGCAACGUGCACACGUACGGCGUGCGGGACGGCGACGAGAUCCACGUCAUGCGCAAGUGACGCGCCGCCCUCGCUCCCUUGCCCUCCCUCGCGCCAGCCUUUUACGACUGGCACGCCAGUUUGGCAUGAGUGCCACAGCCCAGUGGGAAAUAAUUUAAAAUUAAAGGUGAAAAAUGCGUGUAUUUGCAUUUUUAUUGGAAGAACCAAAGUGGAAGUGAAGGCAGUCUUACAGCUUAAAAGUGGCAUUUAAUUUCAAUAUGAAUACACCAUAUGUAUAGUAUAUACUUAACUAUACAGGUAAAAUACGUGCCAUUACCUGUCGACAAUUAUUGGCGUUAAAAGCAUGUGACAGUUUUGAAAUGUUUGGUUUUAAAUUUGAAUGCUUUAAAAACACUUAAUAUUUCAUCAGCUGUUGCCCAGAAUAAAUGUAUUUCACUCUGGUGCCCGAUUGUUUUAGACAAACUAAAUGUAUAAAAAGAACGUAUCCAAACAUUUGGUUGUAGUGUCACGAAUACUGUAAAUUAAAAAAUUCAAUCAUCGCGAUCAUUACUUUCAGUACAGGUCUGUAAACCCAACAGCACCUGUCCCCAAAUUAUUUUUACAAAAGGCCGUAGAAAUAGCCUCCAGGUUGGGUAUUAGGAUACACAUUUGUACCGGACUCUUAAGCUGUAAGUACACAGGAAACGUUUUGCACAAAGUCCCAGAGUUCAGCACUUGUGCCUACCCUGGGUCUGUCUGAUGAUACCGGGGGCCCUGCAGGCACAGUGGUGCCUGGCAACCAGGUGCACGCGCGCACAGAUGGUGCCUGGCAACCAGGUGCACACGCGCACAGAUGGUGCCUGGCAACUAGGUCCAUGCGCACACAGAUAGUGCCGCAUGUCCACGGUACACGUACAGGCUGUGUGCUCCGUGAGCCGGGGAGCUUGGUGGGUACACGAAAGAAGCAGUCAAUAUGAUGUCAUGCCCAGGGUCAAUCAAUGUGGGACUCUGAAUGAAUAGCAGGGGUGCGUGCAAGUGGAAAAAAAAAGUAUAUUUGCGGAUGGAGGUAUUUGUACAUAGGCAAUGAUAUCAUGGUUAUCGUUAGGUGACAAACUAGGCUUUACUGCAUUGCAAAUCAACAGGUUAGGAGUAAAGUCAUUAGGAAGAACAAUUAGUGGGUUGUAAUGACUGGUAAGCUAGGAUGGGGUUCUUUAACGAUUCUCUUCCCCUCGAUGAACCAUCACAAUUUGCAUUGUGGCGAUUGUAGCACCUCUAAUUUUUGCAGGGGUAAUGUAAACCAACUAUACACAACGCGUAGCAAUACGUAAUGCAUGUAUCAUGAGAAUAAUCUUUAAUUGACGAAUAAUGACAUGCCUUAGUAGGGUAGUGUAAAAGUAGGUUAGAACAUCAGGCGUUAGGAAUAAUCUCAACUUCAUAUCAGGAUAAUCGCGGGUGUUAAGGUUGGUUUGGGGUAAAUGAAAUAGGGGUGGAGGGUAGAAUUGAACGAGUUAAAGUUUGAUCAGAGGCCGUGCCACUUUGCGAGCAUUCACAACCAGCCGGCCAGGUGCCCCUGCGGCCUGCAUCUUUCCAAUUGGUGCAAGCCAAUUGGAAAGAUGCAUACGAAUGUAAAAAAAGUUAUGUAUAGUGUUGCACUUAAUCUUCUGCCCAUGUAUUAUUGUGUAAUGUAAUAAUGCAGUGAGGGAUGUAGUUUUCCAAGCUUUUAUUUUAUUAUUUAAUUUUAGUUUAUCUUGGCUAGGUUCAUUUCAUUGCCACGUCAGCUAAUGCAGGUGUCUUGGUAUAUCUGUGAACACAACGAUAGUCUGUUUUUUGAGAACUUUUUGCAUUUCCACCAAUCUCCACCAGGAAUCCAUGUAUAUAUGCAGGUGUAUGUAACAGAGCUUUCAGCUGUGGUGUCUGCAUUUUGGAACUGUGUUUCAGAGCAGACGCCAACCCCAGAAUGGCAAUCUUACAAAAACCCUGACUGGUAAACUUUUUAUUUUCCCAAAUUGUUUAAACAGAUGAGUUAAAACAGAUGAGUUAAAACAGAUGAGUUAAAAUAGAUGAGUUAAAACAGCGAUAACCGACAGUGGCUCGCCAGAUCACCAUAUGACUUAGUGUUACUCAAUUUUAUAUAUCAGUUUUAAAAUAAAGAUUUUUCUUGAGUCUUGUGGUACCAUCCACCACACAUUUUCUAUUUGACACCAGACGUGUAUUACGCAGCUAUAUGCAAAAGCUAAAAAAAAAAUCGUGGCAAUUUUCUCUUGCAUGGCCACACGAGGCCCUCGGAUAUGUAAAGAGCGUGGCAGACCGUUCUUCCCAGACCUCACGCCAUCGCCCGGGAGUCCACACGAGAUUGUAUUGGGGCAGUUGCUCCUCUAAACCCCGUAUGUUCGGGGCACUGCCAGUGUGUCCGUUUUUAUGCAGAAAACGUCAUCGGAUCAUGACACCGUCUCAUUUGUCCAAGUUGGUUGGUUCGGGGUUUGACAGCCACGCUCGAACAAAUGGCAUCAUCUCACAGCCUUCUUCCUCACACAUAGCAUGUGCACUUUUGUCAACAAAACGAUGUGCAGUUUUACAUGAUAGAUGCCAAGUGGUAUUACUCAAUUAAGAAAAAGUAAUUUUCUCCCGUUGCUGCCCCGAAAUGAAUCUUUUAGAAAUGCACAGAUCAUUAACAUCCAUCUGUAAAUACCGAUAGGUGCCAUCCCUGCCGAUAAUGCACCUACAUUAGAUUUAUACCGCCAAUGGUAAAACCGUGUGUUGUUUACUACUUGUGUAUUCAUUGUAAGUUUGGUAUAUUCUUUGUUUGCCAAAUGACUUAUGUGAAAAAGUGGCAUAACAGCAUGAUCAAUAUCUUGUGUGGACAGAUGACCCGUUUGCUUCAAAAACUCACCACUUUGGUGGGGAUUGAGGCUGGAGUGGCAGAUGUACAAUUUCUACUCCGUUUUCCUGCUCUCCAGCAAUACAUCCCGUGUAGAAUUGUCAAAUAAAAGCACCAUCAGUCAUGUGACAAGGGAUUGGAUAAUGGCCGUGCUCAUUUAAUAGAAACAAGCAUUUCCAUGUUCUGAAUUACUUUUAUUGGUUAUUGGGAUGUUAAUCAUUUUGUACUGUAUACGUCUGUCGACCAUAUUUUGUGUUUUCUUUGCAAAUAAACAGCAAAAUAUU